AAAGAAAUUUAUCAGCAAAAGUUAAACUACAAAACAAUUCGUGUUUGACUUAAUUCUUCUGUGUUGGGGAGCAAUGGCAACUACACUGUUUCUGCAGCGGCCCUCUCUAUCUUCUUUCUCUUCAUUUACUCAGAACCGCCCUUUAACUAAAUUCCUCGAUUCUUCCCCAACAAUUGUCCGUUUCUCGAACCACAGUCGUUUCAAACUUGUUUCCGACUCUGUUUCUGUUUCGGCUCUGCCCAGUGUGCGUGGAAACCCAAGCUCAUCAACGGCUUCAAUUAAGGAGCUGAUUGAGUGUUUGAUAAAUCGAGUUGAUUUAUCGGAGUCCGAGGCGGAGUCGUCUCUGGAAUUUUUGUUAUCUGAAAAUAACGAGGCUCUGAUUAGUGCUUUCCUUGUUUUGUUGAGAGCCAAAGGCGAGACUUUUGAAGAAGUUGUGGGGUUGGCGAGGGCAAUGUUAAAACAUGCUUUGAAGGUAGAAGGGUUAAAUGAUGCGGUUGACAUUGUUGGAACGGGUGGUGAUGGAGCAAACACCGUAAAUAUUUCAACAGGUGCCUCAAUAUUGGCUGCUGCCUGUGGCGCAAAAGUUGCCAAGCAAGGAAACCGAUCAAGUUCUUCUGCCUGUGGCAGUGCUGAUGUAUUAGAAGCUUUUGGGGUAGUUAUUGAUUUGAACCCUGAGGGAGUAGUGAGCUGUGUGAAUAAAGCAGGAAUUGGUUUCAUGAUGUCACCAAAGUACCACCCAGCAAUGAAGAUUGUGAGCCCUGUAAGAAAGAAGCUAAAAAUUAAAACUGUGUUCAAUAUUCUGGGCCCUAUGUUGAACCCUGCAAGAGUACCUUUCGCUGUUGUUGGUGUUUACCAUGAAGAUCUAGUCCUCAAAAUGGCAAAAGCUCUACAACGGUUUGGCGUGAAAAGAGCAUUAGUAGUGCACUCGGAGGGUUUAGAUGAAAUGAGCCCCCUUGGGCCUGGGCAAGUCCUUGAUGUCACUCCAGAAAAUAUUGGGAAGUUUAUGUUUGAUCCAUUGGAUUUUGGCAUUCCUCGCUGUACUCUAGAGGACCUGCGAGGUGGUGGGAAGGAAUACAAUGCGGAUGUGCUGAAGCGUAUUCUAUCAGGGGAGAAAGGACCCAUUGCAGAUGCACUUAUCCUUAAUGCAGCAGCUGCGCUUCUAGUGAGUGGGCGUGUGAAGUCACUUUCUGAAGGGGUAGCUUUGGCUCGUGAGACACAAUUAUCAGGGAAAGCUCUAAAGACACUUAAUGCAUGGAUAGACAUCUCAAAUAACGUUAAAGAAAAAACUACACUAGAAUAAAUCUCUUGGAACUUUGGGUCUGACAGAAGGUCUGCAUGCUGGAAUUAUUUUGAAUAAAAAAUUGGCAUAUCGUUUUUCUUCU